GAUAAUAUUCGACCCAACCAAGGGACAACAGUGGCAGUAUGACUGAAAGACGUCUCCAUAACUGAAGACAGGAUGAACUCUACGGGUUCAGAGGAUCUGCUCGGGAACAGCAGUGACACCUCGCUAGGGAAUGUGGAGCGGGUCCUGGUCCCGAUAUUAGAUGUACUUAUUCUGCUGCUGGGAGUUAGCGGUCACACAUUGGUGAUAGUGAUCUUGUGUGGAAGGCGGAGAAGUGGGAUGGGAGCACGGACCCCUCAAAGCUCCAUGACAGGAAGCGGAACUGACGCCCUCCUGCUGGCUCUGAGCGCAGCAGACCUGCUCCUGCUCUCCAUGCUUCCCUUCCACACUGCUGCUGUAGCCAUGCAGCAAUGGCCGUUUGGAGACUUUAUGUGUCGUCUGACGGGCUUCCUUGGCUCUGCCUGCUCCUCAGCCAGCGCCUUCACACUGGCCCUGCUGGCUGUGUCUCGCUAUCUGACUGUGGUGCGGCCUGCCAGAGCCUUCAGCCUCCUCUCCCCAUGCAGGGUGUCUAUAGCAGCUGCGCUCCUCUGGGUGCCGGCGUGCUGCCUGGCCACCCCCCAGCUGGUAUUUCGCUCUGUGGGGACCCCACGUCGAACACCUGAUGGCCUCGCUUGCUUUGCUUUCCAGACCCACAAAGACCAGCUGAUCUAUGGAUUGUUUCACUUCCUCGUGGCCUUCUUGCUUCCACUGGUAACCAUCGCGGUGGCUUACGGCAGCAUCUACAUGUUUCUGUGGGGGAGGCAGCAUGCAGGAAGGGCCCCUCAAGUAGAGCGCUACCAGAGCAAAGUGACUCAGACGUCGGCCAUGCUGGUGCUGGCCUUCACCUUGUGCUGGCUGCCGUCAUACGGCCUGACGCUGGCCUUAUUGGCGGAUAAAAGCUCAGGGGCCACUGGUGCCUCUCCACGUAAUGGCCCCUUCACUGUAUUUGCCCGCCUCAUGGCUACCUCCUCUACAGUGAUGAACCCCAUCCUGUAUGUACUGAUGUCCCAAAAAUUCAGAAAAGACCUACUGAGGCUGUUCAAGAGGGGAGGACAAAGGGCCAAUGUUUCUGUGACUAUGGCUGCUGCCUGACAAAACUGAACAGCUAACACACAAACACUGGGAAAGUCCUCACAACCGGGAAUAACUGUAAACUGUAAUUACAAACUGAGUUGCUUUUUAAAAAAAAAACGAAAUGAAAAGAAUGGACACAAUCAUACUCUCAGAGGAAAGUAUACUUAAAUGGCAAAAUAGCAAUACCAAAUGACACUACAAGGAAAUCUAACCGGUAGCCCUGGGAGGGGCCGCUCUACAGGGACACUGGCACAAACAAUCCUGAAUCACGCAUUCCUUGUAAAACGGUUUAAAGUAAAGACACUUCAGUAAAACAUUAA